GCCUUCUCAUGCACACUUUUUUAAAACUAAUUUCACUGCUUGCGCACAGCGAGUCGGAUCUUAUGACGCAGAUAUACCAAGAAGCUUCAGCGCCAAGUUUGGUGCGUAAAAGCUGCAGAGAGUUCAAAGGGAAUAUUGGUGCGACUCAUCCAGCGCGCGCGCGCGCGCGCUCCGGAGCGGAUAGACAUAAUGGAUUUAUGAAGCAAUCAGCAUGGGGCGUUAUUGAAGACUGAUUAAAGUGUCAGCAGCUGGCUGAUGGACGUUUGGUACUCGGCUCUCUCAGGAUGGACGGCGAGCACUCAGACACUUCCACACCUGACUGCGCAGCGCAAAAAUGUUUGGCGUGAUCCAAGACAGCGGCAGGGCGAUGGGGAGCAGAAAUGCGAAGACAAUCCAACACUCCAAACCCAUCUGCAGAAUUAAUUUUAUUCUGCUCUUGCUCAUUUUCACCCCCAGAGUGGACACAUCGUGGUGGUAUAUCGGAGCGCUGGGAGCCCGGGUCAUCUGUGACAACAUCCCUGGUCUGGUGAACAAGCAGCGGCAGCUCUGCCAGCGGCACCCGGAUCUGAUGCAGUCCAUCGGCGAAGGCGCUAAGGAGUGGAUCCGAGAAUGCCAGCACCAGUUCAGGCAUCACAGGUGGAACUGCAGCACGCUGGAGCGGGACCACACCGUGUUCGGCAGGGUCAUGCUCCGCAGUAGCAGAGAAGCAGCAUUUGUGUACGCCAUCUCCUCUGCAGGAGUGGUUUAUGCCAUUACCAGGGCUUGCAGUCAGGGGGAGCUGAAGAUCUGCAACUGCGACAAUCACAAACGCGGGCAAGCCAGCGACGACAGGGGAACGUUUGACUGGGGUGGAUGCAGUGAUAAUGUCAACUAUGGCAUUAAGUUUGCCAAAGCCUUUGUGGAUGCUCGGGAGAGGAUGGGCAAAGAUGCCCGUGCCCUCAUGAACCUGCACAACAACCGGUGUGGUCGCAUGGCAGUGAAGCGCUUUAUGAAGCUGGAGUGCAAGUGUCACGGGGUCAGCGGCUCCUGUUCUCUGAGAACCUGUUGGCUGGCCAUGUCUGAUUUCAGGCGAACAGGAGACUACCUUCGCAAGAAAUACAAGACGGCCAUUGAGGUAACCCUGAACCAGGAUGGGACAGGCUUCAGGGUGGCUGAUAAGGACUUCAAGGGAAGCACCAAGAACGAGCUGGUUUACGUUGAGAAUUCACCAGAUUACUGUCUGACAGACCGAGCAGCAGGAUCUUUGGGUACUGCAGGCAGAGUGUGCAACAAGUCAUCAAGAGGCACAGAUGGCUGUGAGGUCAUGUGCUGUGGGCGGGGCUAUGACACCAUGCGUGUCAAACAGAUCACCAAGUGCGAGUGCAAAUUCAAGUGGUGCUGCGCUGUGGAGUGCAAAGACUGUGAGGACAUGGUUGACGUUCACACCUGUAAGCCCCAUAAGAGACCCGAUUGGUUGGAACCAACCUAAUGAAGAGACCCGACCAAUCACAGAUGCCUCAGACUCAUUAAGUUAUCAGCCAGUGACUACAUUGUAUUCUGAAAUUUGUAAUUUGUAACUUUAAUACCUCCAGCUUUCAUUGGACACUCCUGAAGCAGAGACUUUAACGGACGCCGCUAAACUGGAAAAUGGUCUGUUAUUGAUUGUGCGCUGCUUUAGUCAGCUUUUCUAAAAUAUUGUUUUUACAUAUUUCAGCUUUGAUUUAAAAAAUGAAUAUGGACUCUGUUGCAAAUGCAAAUACUGAGGCAGAUACUUGUGCCUUUCUGCAAUUUGUACAUUGUGUGAAAGUCAAACUGAAAACAUCAUCUGCAGAGACAGUGAAAUAAAGUUAAAAAUUCUGACAAAUUGGUGAAAGUAGACAGUACAGUGUUUAAUCUUCUGAAUUCCUAGCAGUUUUUGUGUGUUUUCUUUCUUUCUUUGCACUCUGUCACAUUUGUAUGCAAUUUG